GAUCAACAGACGGUCAGUCGACGUCGCGACGCCGGGUCCUCGACUCCGAUCCCGCCUGGGCCCUGCAAAAGACCUCCAGCCCAGUAGGCUCAUCCCGCUGGGCGGAUUUGACCGUGUCACGCGUGCUACCAUGAAGUGGGAACACACCGAGGAUGUUGAUGCUCUGCAUGAACAGGGCUUGCUUUCCUCACCCCGAGCUCGAGCCGGAGUAGUCUCCACAGCAGUGAACAGGCUGCAGCUUGCCCAAGUGGAGGAUCUAAGUGACGCAGCGGAGGAUCUAAGUUAUGUGGAUGAUCUCAGCGAUGUGGAUAGCCCUAGCGAGCAUAGCGACUCGGGCUAUGGCGAUCCGAGUUCGGACUACGUUCAGUCCGCGGAAUCUAGCUCCGAAGGAUUUGAUGUCGAGCAUUCAGUCGGAAACGACGGAAAGCGGACGUCUGCGAGACUUCGCCAUGAAGCAGCACCAUAUGUACGCACUUCAUUGUCGCCCGAUGCCGUGCUCCGGGCACGCCGAAAUGCAGCAAAUCAACAUGAAGGCCCACAAGUUGCAAAAAGAUCAAGCGGUGCAGCUUCGGGGGCUGGUGAGACACGGAAGAACGACGGGGUCCACGCCGCCAAAAGUGUCCAGGACGUGAACAACAAGCACAAUUUGAAGCCUAGGACCAUGGCACCGAAGCCGCUCUUGCCGCUCCCUCAGACAUCUAAGGGUGCAAAACUGAGGACUCAGCCUUCUCCUGAGGACCCCUUCCGGUACCACCGCAUUACAUUGUACGCGCAGCUGUGAUGCACAGAAGUCAGCUCUUGACACUCUCGUAACCAGUUAUGACAAUGGUAUUGGCCACCGGGUCUCCUUUUCAAAAA